AAUCAAUUGUUACGUUACCGUGCCACAGAUCAGUCGCAAUCCGGUGUCACACAACCAUCGAACAAACCAACCGAACCAGCCAACAAAACCAUUGCAGUUUACAGCCCAUGAAUAUUGAACUGAGCCUCGAAAGAAGAAAAAAAAAAAAAACGCAACUUCACAACAAAAUAAAAAGUGUUUUGACGUAAUUUUUUUCCGCCACAAAGCCUACCAGGACUUCAAAGGAAAAAAUAAUUUAUAAAAAAUCGAAAAAAAAACAAUAUUCCAAAAAAUAAAAAAACCGAAAUUAGCCAAGGCUAAUAGAGUAAUUUUUGCCAAGCGAAAUUUAGAAGCGCGUAUCCAACUCUCACAUCCAGUCGCACAGAGAGCUUCGCACACACACAUAUAUAUAUUUAUUUUCGCCUACCAAAGUUGUCCGGAAGUCGAGGUGUCCGGUAACGGUAACCGGUUCCGAUCGUUACUUUUCCCGUUCCUUUUCCUGUUCCGCUUUUGACAUUGAACAGCAACAAACAGCCAAUCGAAGCAAACAGACAUUGGAACAGUUUAGCCCUUUUUUAACAAAAAAAAGAAAAAAGGAGAAAAAAAAAAAAAAAACAACAAAACGUGAAAGUGAAAUACAUAACAACAACAAUAUUAGCGGAAAAAAAAAAUAAUUCAGCUAAACUAAAACUAAAUCAAAAAACAGAAUAGAAAAAAAUUAUUACCAAUAAUUUGUCGCCAUUUCAUUGACCACCGACAAAACAAAAACCAAGUGAAGCUGACACCAACAAUGCCGUGCUCAAUUUUUGAAUAUUAAAUAAAAUCAGUUUCGAAAAUAAAUUUAAACAAUUUUGUAUUCUUUGAUUUGUGUUUGUGUUCUUAUUCUGAAAAUCAAGUAUCAGUAUUUGACCAACGCAUAUCGCAAGACGAGUUUUUUUUCCGUCGGCGGCUUUGCAAAAGCGGCCACCAAACCGUACCGUCGUUAGUCCUUUCUUGUGCCACACAACAUGCUCGAUAUUAAACCAUCCGCUGAUUAUUUAUCCCGUUCGACCGGAAGCUUUAGCAAUUUUUCAAUGUUAUUCGCAGACUCUUCGUACAAAUCCUCGUGGGGAUCCCACGGUUCAACACAGUCACAAGGAUACAGUUCAAAUGCCCUCAGCAGCGUUGGAGUCAGUGUUGGCAAAUCAUCCUUGGAUCCACAUUCACAUUUAAGACAGCCAGAUCCAUAUCAAAUGUUUGGAGCGACCAGCAGUCGUCUAGCAAGUUCUGGUUCUGGUCAAAUCCAAUUAUGGCAAUUUCUAUUGGAGCUACUCUCAGAUUCCAGCAAUGCCGGCUGCAUAACCUGGGAGGGUACAAAUGGUGAAUUCAAAUUAACCGAUCCCGAUGAGGUUGCCCGUCGUUGGGGUGAAAGGAAAUCCAAGCCGAAUAUGAACUACGAUAAAUUGAGUCGGGCAUUGAGAUACUAUUACGACAAAAAUAUUAUGACCAAGGUCCAUGGCAAACGUUAUGCCUAUAAAUUUGAUUUUCAAGGACUUGCCGCCGCCACCCAGCCGGCGGCCAGCGAUCCCACCUAUAAAUAUCAAAGUGAUUUAUUUAUGACACCAUAUCAUCAUAGCGCCAAAUUGAGCUCGUUUAUGAGUCCGCAUCAUGGAAUGACAUCGUCAUCAGCUUCCAUCUUCCCGUCGGCCGCCUCCUGGGGUAACUGGGGUAAUCACUCGAAUUUGUAUCAACCCCAUUCGAUGGGUCAUGUAACACCCUCCCACGUUGCUCCCCAUCUGAGCUCAUAUCCCCAUUACGCAUGACCAUCAUCGUCC